AUGGUGGAUGGCAGGAACACAAAGAAACACAGACUGCAGGAACAGGGGGCUCUGGAGAUCCACAUGCGUGGCUUGGAACACAGAGGGGGCAGACACAAACAGUAUGUCAGUGUAUUUGGAGAAAAUAUACUGGCACGGUGGCAGGCAGAAUGUAGGGGGCACACGGUGAAGACCACAGGUCCUGGCUAAGAUCAUCCACUCCCAACCCACCAACGUGGCAACUGUCAUGGGCUCCAUAUUUGCUAUCUGCAUCAUGGCCCUGCUGGUCUUCUACAUGGGCAGGUAGACAUUAUGAAGCAGAAAUCCUGCCACCACUCCCUGAAGAAAUAGAUGCAGUAUGCCUCCUACAUCCCCCUAAACGAGCUCUAUCCUCCCCUGAUCAACCUGUAGGAGAAUGAGACUGAGAAAGGGGGUCCAGUAGAUCCCCAGAACUCUCAGAUAGACACCUCAAAGACUAACAUGUGGUAA